ACAAUUAUUUUCAUUUGUAACGCGGCCACUAGAGUAUCUGGUCAAUAUAAUGGAGAAUCUGUGAUGAAGUUCAUUUUUCACAGUUGGUGAUGGCGGGUGUUGUCGAAAUCGACACCAUGAAGAAUUACCACAUAGCCUUUGAGAGAAUAGACCCCGAUACGAGCCGUUAUCCCUACUGUAUUGUGUGGACACCUAUCCCCGUGCUAUCAUGGCUGCUACCAUUCAUUGGACACAUGGGAAUCUGCACCUCUUCUGGUAUCAUCCGUGACUUUGCUGGGCCCUACUUUGUCUCUGAAGACAACAUGGCCUUUGGGAGACCAACAAAGUACUGGAUGCUGGACGUAGCCAAGGUGUAUGCUAGUGGCUCCAACGCCUGGGACACAGCAGUGCAUGAUGCCUCAGAAGAGUACAAAAACAGAAUGCACAACCUCUGCUGUGACAACUGUCACUCCCAUGUGGCCAUGGCUCUGAACCUGAUGCGCUAUGAGAACAAGACCUCGUGGAACAUGAUCAACCUCUGUCUGCUCUCCCUAGUCCAUGGAAAACACGUCAGCUGUGCAGGGUUCUUGAAGACCUGGCUUCCCUUCCUCAUGUUGCUGGGUAUUAUCCUGACUGUGGCUCUAACCAUUAACCUGCGGUGACCAGCCAACCAGGUGGGAGGACACAGCUUACAGGGUGGGAAGGGGGAGGGACUCCUUGCAGGAGGGGGAUGAGGGAGAUGGGGGUUGAGUGAGGUGAGAGCACACACUGGGAGGGGGGACCCCCUGCAGGUUGGAAGUUGAGGUGGGAGGUGUCACUCUACACCUACUCUGCUUGUGAGGACCGAGCAGGGAAAAAAGACAUGGAACUGUGACAUCCCAGCAACAAACAAACCAAUGAGAGAAGGGCAAUAACAUCCUCCUCUCGACUUAACACAAAGCCUGCUUGUUUCUAGGACCAGGCAACCUAGCUUUCAAUGGUGGCGGAUGGCAAUUUAGUUUUUUGUUUAUUUUGGCAUUGAGGUUAAUUGUUCUUGAUGGACGGUAGCUUACUUAUAAAUGUUUUAAUCCCCCUCCACACACAUCCCAACCCCAUGCAAUUUAAUGCAGUUUUCAAAUGUUUUGAUUUUCAAUUAAGUCCUACUAUGGGGUGUAUAGACCCUCAUAAUUUCUAGGUAAUGGAUGAUGUUGCAGGUUCUGUAGACUAGAGGAGCGACAGUAGUGGUGAAGGGGGCAGGGGUUGUUGUUUCUUUCCGGGGUAGUUCUUUCUUUCAGGGGUAGUAGUCUUGUCUUCCACAGCGACAGCAGUAUCCAUCUCUUUCUCUCUCUGCCAUGCUGAAACAAACACCCACCAUCCAUCUAAUGACAUGGGACUGAUGAUGACUCUGUGCUUCCCAUACUCCAUCUUGAUGAUUGGAACAGAAAACAUGACAUUUCCCUUUUAAUGCCUUUAAAGGGAUGUGUUAUUGUGUUGACAUUUUAUACUUGGAUUAAUACAGUUCCUAUUUCUGCAACUUUUAAUAGCCUGUGAUUCACCAAGAGUGAUUUGUUGUUACAAUUAAUUGAAUCUACUACAUUGGAGUGUAUCCAGGAUAAUAAUUCUCAAAACUCUGCUAUAAACAAGUGAUGCUUCAUAUGUUGUAUAAUGUCUAUGAGUCUAAUUUAACUGCUUGUAUCUGCAUUUUAUUAAAAUAUUUCUAUUUUUCUUAGAACUCGA